AUGGUGGCUCCAGCGACACUCGCCCUCCGCCCCAGCGCGGCCCCCGCGCCGCCUCGUGCCGCGCUGCCCCGCGCCCGGGCCUGGUUCGGGCCCGCCAGCCGCGCCUCCCCUUCCGUCGCCGCCUCCUACCAGCCGCGGCGCUUCAGUGGCGUCCGCCGCGCCGUGGCCGUCGAUGCCGACCAGCAAGGCUCUCCCGAGCCUCCAGAGCAGGAGAAGAAGCCCAAGACGUACUACUUCCUGGUGGCGAACGCCAAGUUCAUGCUGGACGAGGAGGAGCACUUCCAGGAGCAGCUUGCCGAGAAGCUGCGCAACUACGGCGAGCGCGACAAGGAGCAGGACUUCUGGCUCGUCGUGGAGCCCAAGUUCCUCGACAGGUUCCCCAACAUCACCAAGCGCCUCAAGCGCCCCGCCGUCGCGCUUGUCUCCACCGACGGCAACUGGAUCACAUUCAUGAAGUUAAGGCUAGACAGGGUCUUACAAGACCAGUUCGACGCAGAAUCAGUUGAAGAGGCAUUGGCUUCUAACCCUGUUGAGUUGAAAUUUGAGAAGCCUGAGAAAUGGACAGCUCCAUACCCUAAAUAUGAGUUUGGAUGGUGGGAGCCCUUCUUGCCUCCAAAGUCCAGCAAUGGCACGGCAUAG